AUGUAUGAUCAGGCUACGAGUCCCAUUGUGAUAGAGGAUACUAACAAUACACCAGAUGACUCGGGAAAUCAAGCUAACAAAAAUUCUGGCCGUACCACCUUCCCUGAUGAGAGCAAUAACGUAUAUGUUAUGCAAGAUUCUGCGAAGGGGUCGAAGCCCUCUAAUUAUGAGGAUCAGUCAAAUGAAAACAAUGAAAAUGAUACAAAAAUGAUACUACUCUGUAAAUUGCAGGGCUUAUUACAAGAUUUAUCCACGCCUAUCAAAGGAGGGACUGAUGAGGAUGGCGACGAUGAAGGUUCUGGUGGAUCAUUAUCUCAAAGUUUAGCCUGA